AUGGCGGUUCUGGCGGCGGCGAUGCUGAUCGCACCGAAGCAGGUCAUCUUAUCAGUACUCAGAAGUUUUCCGAGCGGCAAACCAUGGCCAGUCUUCUUUUUUGCGCGGGGACUCCUAGAAUGCUCGCCAGACGCCGUCCGUCAUAAGGUAGACUGGCUGAGGGGAUUGACAACAAAGGAAGUGCUGGAUGCCCUCUUUGCACGUGCCCACGAGGCAGAUACUCGCAUUCUGGUCGUUCAUGUGGAUGAGCUCGCCAUGCUAUUAAGCGAGAAAAGGCUUGGCUAUACUGACAGCGAUCUCAAAGGUUUUGUGAACAGCUUGGCUGACUACAACUGUGGGCAGAAGCCGCUGGGAUUGGUGGUGCCGGUCAUUACCCAUACUUCGCCGGUGAACUGGGAUCCAAAGCCAACUGGCAUACCGCUCAAGCACAUGAAUCUUGGGGCCUUCAGUUUCAACCAGUCGCUACAGUUCUUUGAAGGCAUCAAUGUUACGGACCUGGACUCGCGGCGUGCGAUUAGCGCCUGUGGUGGUCACGCAGCAUUGCUGGCGGAGAUGUGUUCAUUCAUGAAACGCUGGAGUGGUGGACUUGGUGCCCUGUUGACAUGCAGUCGUCUUGAGCUCCACCGGAAAGCCGUCAAAGCAACGGGCAUGUCCAAGGAAGACAUCAUAUCAUUGCUCAAUGUCAUCCUCUUGCAAGAAGUUGUCUCCGAAGGCAGAAUUCUAGGCUAUUCUCAGAGGGGUCUAAUCCUCCUUGAGAGGGAUGACGAUAGGUAUUGCGUUUCAGUCCCAUACCCAUACUUGUUGAACCUGCUGCAGUUGCUGGAUCGACCAAAACGUUUCGAGCACCUGGAGUGGACUGGCAACACUCCAGCAAAGAACAGCUGGGCUACGAAGGCAUUCGAAGCUCUCUGUGCCAUUCGGAUUGCCAUCGAAAUGAAGGGCUUCCCCUACGAUUCGCCAUGUGAUCCUCAAAGUGUAGCGACCACAUUCAUAACAGACAAGCAGUCUCGUGUCUGCCUUGCAAAGAAACAGAACCAGGCAGGUGUGGACGCCAUCGGGGUUCAUCGUGAUAUGAUGAUUUUGUUGCAAUGUAAAUACCCAGAAAUGGAUUCCACAGUGCAAGAAUGGAAGGAGGUCGAGCAGUUCAUGAAUUUCAUAGAAAAAACGGGUGUGAACUGGACCAAGUCAGCAGGGUGCAACCAAAUCCGUGCCAUCUUUGCCACUGGGAGGGCACCGCGAGAUUACACGUCCAAACGGCCAACUGAGCUUGAAGUUGACGGUGUGCAUAUCUCUUACACAGUCUAUGCGAAGACCGAGAACCGAAAAGGCUGUGCAAUCAGGACGAUGCCGAUCAGUACUUGGAUUCCUGCAAGCAUCAUGUGCUUCUGA